CCAUUUGAUUGCUCCAGAAUCUCGGGGAACUCUACCCUGAGCCCCAUUCAAAGGUGAAAUACAAGGAUAGGAAAGUUCCUACCGGGGACUUUUUCUGAUUGGUCAGACUUGUUACAUUAGAUCUUUCAAAAGUUCCUGAAAAUGUUACCGACUUUGACCAUGCACGCCGCACUAUGCAUGCAUCCAUCACUAGAAAAAAAAAAACAUGAAAAAGAGGCGUCUCCUCUUUCUUUUUUCUCACCUACCCACCAUUCUUAACACCUCGCACGAUGCCAAAAUACACUGCUAAACAACAUCUCAUUAACAAGUAUGAGAGAGAGUUUGCCGAUGCUGCUAUCGCUAUCGUGCAGACCCCGAAGGAGAGGAGGCUUGUUCGAUUACAAAUGCUAGAAGCAACUGUCGAGAUUUUGAAGUUCCUUCAUGGGAAUAGAUAUGUACACCCUAGAACUCAGGUACCGUCAUCUACGGACUUAAGGGAUCGUGUCCUCAACGCAUACAAUGAUGUCAGAUUCAAGGGCAUCAUGCGUCUCACCAAAGACCAGUUCCAGAGGAUCGCAUUGAUGCUCAGCAGAAGCGGCCAUUUCAGACGUGGAGACGAACAUGUACCCUUGGAGGACAUCAUUAUCCAGUUGAAGGUUGCGCUCCUCCGCCUUGGUUCAGAAGGGAUCUCCGUUCUGAUGACAGCGUGGGUUACAGGUGUCAGUGUCGGCUCAGUUACAGCGUAUACAUGGAGAUGUAUCAAUGCACUGGACGAGCUAUUUCAGCGCUAUGUCGUGUGGCCAGACAAUGCGCGCAAGGCUGUAAUCAAGGACUGGUAUAAACGCGAGCACGGCUUUGCUGAAUGCAUUGGUGCUGUCGACGGUGUCCCUUUCCCUCUUGCCGUGGGUCCGUCGUGGGAGACUAACGCGUGGAUAACAAGAAAGUGCGACUACGCCAUGGGAGCCACUGCUGUUUGCGACCAUUUGGGACGAUUUAUUUACUUUGCAACUGGCUACGUCGGAUCAACCCAUGAUGCCCU